AUGGAGGACUCCAUGGACGACUUCACCGACGACUUCUUCCACCCCACCGUGAACAAUUUCAGUGCAGCUGCUUGCACUGCAACGAUGCGUGGUGAGUCCAUUCCAGAGGACUUGACAGUCACCACCCAUCAAUUUGCUACCGUAAGAGGAAUAUUGCACCAUCCUGGGUUUGGCCGGGUUUUGCAUGGUACUGCCCCUCUGUUCACUCGAGCUUUGAAUGCUCGCAGCAUCAUGAGCAAUCUUGUCCCCACCAUGAACGAUCCUGACGAAUUUCCCUACUGCAUUUGGUACCCUGACACAGCAACCCAGCACACCUAUCGCGAGUUGGCAUCACGAUAUCCUUCUAUGAACUACCAAAUCGGUCGAGCAUGCGCAGUUGCUGGCUACUACAAUUUGUACUUGGAGCUCAACUUGCUCCCCGAUGUCCACAUUGCUGAGGAAGCCCGUGAGAAUGGACAUCUGGAUAUCUUCCACCACAUCAUGCAAGCCCCGACCCUGUACGAUGUCAUGAAUGACUAUAACCGCACCAUCAACUCGACCAGUCCCAAAUAUCCCGCUUUCCUCAAUGGCGACACCGCCGUCACCUCGUGGCUCACGACUCACAAACAACAGUGUCAGGCACCCACCUUUUUCCUCGGUCAAGUGCAAGAUCACCAUGAACAAAUGUCAUUCAACAUCACCGAAGACAUGAACCUCGAUGAACACAUACCUGACCUAGGUCCAAUGCCACCUGAGAUGAAUCAGCUUUUGUGCAUGCCACUACCACCACAUCUGCCCAGUGUCCGCAAGGAUCUGUUGAUCAUCAUGGCUGCCCAUAACGGUGAUAUCGAUCGCUACUCUCGCCUCCGUCGCCCGACCAUGCUCCACUCGGAAAUAAAUUACGUUGUACACGGCAUCUACCACAGCACACAAUUCGCAAAGUGGUGGUCUCAACAAGGCAAUUGCCCCAACCUUUCACCAUUUGCGCGUUGCCGAGUCCAAAGCGCUAUUCAUGCUCGCUUUAUUAUGAACAACGACCUGUCGUCAAUCAACACGAGUGGCUGUCAAUCCAACCUGCCUGAUCUCAUCUAUUAUCCGCAAGUUGCAGCUGAAGCCACUUACCGCGAGCUAUUCAACAGACAGCCUCAAAUGAGAAAGUCGAUUGCACGUGCCUGCAUCGUCGGAAAUUACCAGGCACUCUAUGAUGAAGUGAACAUUGAGCCAGAUUAUGGCCUCAUGGCUGAAGCAACAAAUAGCGGGAACUCAUACUACCUGAACGAUCUACAACGUAAGACUGAACAGGGGGCUGAAAUGGGCACCCGCGCAAAUUUGCCACACUGGAAACAUCUCGCUCAUUCACAGCUGUCCAAAAAGAAAAUCAUUUCCCCGACAGGAAACUUGAAUGAAUACAUCUACCGCCAGGGCUUCGACUCCUUCUACGACGGACUUGAUGCCAACACUGACCACAUCGAAUACCUCAUCGGUCGCCUUGGUGAUCCGAGCACAAAUGAUAGCAGCAGUCCAGUAGUUCAAGAGCUUCCCUACCAUGUUGCGAAUGAAAUCAAUCGCUCACCGAAGAGAAAGAGGGAGUUGAGCAGCGAGAGUGGCAGUGGCAGUGGCAAGUCUGACUCUCCUGAGUACUAUUAUCGACCUUCGGGUUUCGGUGAAAGCAAAUAG